AUGCCUGAAGAAUGGGGUAAAAUAAAAUUUAAAAUUGCCAGAAAAUUGGAAGAAUUAAGUGAAGAAGAGAAUGUUGAGUUUGCUAUUAAGGAUCUGUUUGAAGGGGAUACUGAUGUUUGUUUUGGAGAAAGACGUAAAGAUAUUUUCAUUAUGCAAGAGGAAAGCAGGAGUGAAGUAGAAAGAGAUUUAUUACAGGAACCAGGGCUGAACAGAGUAGAAAUAGAGGUGAUACAGCCAAUAAUUGAUAUCAAUGUGGGAGGAGUUACAGAUAUAGCAUUAUUAGACCCUGGCUCAAGUUUAUCUGCAAUCUCUGAAUCUUUCUGGCAGCAAAUUAAAGGUUUAGGAUUAACAGAAUUACCAGUUACAGGAAUCAAAAUUAGGACAGCAACUGGGACAUGUAGCAAGCCCAUCAGCAGAGAAGUAUUACUGGAAUUUAAUAGUAAUGAGUAUUGUUUUGAUAUUAGUUGCUUUGUAGUGAAGGGUUUGGCAUUGAAUGUAAUUUUGGGUAUGGACUUCUUGUACAAGUAUGACUGUAGCAUUUUUGUAAAGGACAGAGUGGUAGAAUUUGAUGCUGGUGGAAAUAGACGAAGAAUAAAAUUUAAGGGGGAAUUAAAAGGAGGUGAGACAAUUACUCAUUUACAAAGGAUAGAUGAGCCGUCGGAGUCGAUGCAGCAGCCACGUGCUUGGAACCAAAGCAGUGGUGGUCACAGUGGCAGUGACCAGCUGAGCCGAAGUGCUCUGUCACCAGGGCGUCAUAAUACAGUCCCAGGGUUGAGGUGGUUAAAGGGCCAGCUGGCCAAAUGA